AUGUCGACCACGCGGAACUUUACGUCAAGUCCGAUGCAAAACGCUAUUUCUGUCAUUUUGGUUGUUCUGAUAAUGCUGCAGGCGCGGAACAUGGUUAUUGAGCACGAAAUAAAGAAGUCGAAGACAGUUAGAAAUCACGUUGUUGGAGAGAUAAAGACGGUCGUCGAAGAGCUACUCGUUGAUAAUUCCAGAGGAUUUGUUCAGAUUCCAAGGGAAGGACUCAACUCGUCGGAUAAUUUUGUUGGUGAAAUAAUGGAAAGUCAACUGCCACAACAGCUGACUCAAAAUAUUCCUAUUCAAAUUUCCGAGCCUGUUUCCGGAGAGUUCAUCGUACAGAAUGAAGAAAACUUCGACCUUACUACUUGCAACGAUGACCUAAAAUUAUUCGAAACUCCUAAACCCAUCACAGCACUGACGAGCUUUCCUGGUUCCGGAAACACAUGGUCUAGACAUUUGCUGCACAUGUCAACAGGGAUCUGGACGGGAAAUGCGAAAAGCAGCGCAAAACUGAAGAAAGCCGGCUGGCUCGCUGAAGAUUUGGACUGCAACAGCGGGCAGACUAUUGCUGUAAAAACUCAUCGUUGGCAUACAAUGAAAAAGUGUGCCUACAGCAAAAUACUGAUGGUGAUACGAAAUCCAUUCUACGCUUUCAUUGCUGAGUUCAACCGCGAAGUUGCUUCGAAGACAGCAGAAGUUGACACAUCGGCUUAUAAACUCGAAGAAUGGAACGAUUUCGUCGCUCUUUCAACACGCGAGUAUCUAGCCUUUUUCACGGACUGGUUUCACGAGUACAAAGGCCCCUUCAAAACAAUCUGCUUUGAAAAACUAGUCGAGGAUCCGAAGAAAAGCGUCUCCGAGAUGCUUGAAUUUCUCAGAUUCCCUCCUUAUCGAAUCGACUGUAUCUUCGAAAAUUUGGAAGGCGACUUUCACCGCGAGCACCACGUCCAUCCUUCACUUACGAAACUGUUUAAUCCAGAACAAACUGAAAAAAUUCUCAAUGUUAUCCAGCGUGUUUCCGACAUUUUGGUCGAACACAAGAUGACAGACUGCACUACAUUCUUCAAUUAUACUACCAUCGCUCGGUUCUAA